AUGUGUCCCUCUCAGGAAAACAUUUAUGUAUAUUGUGUUCAGAUUAGUAUUAUAUCUAGUGAACAUGCUUUAAUAAGUUGUGAUCGUCUCUUCCAGUCUCCAGGUUCUGCUUACUAUAUAUUCAGUUGCACAGAAAAAAAACUACUUCAUAUUGGCUUCUCAGGUUGCCUCUCUCUCUCUGACCUCAGAUACUCCAAGAUCUAUGACCCAGCCAGCUGGCUGGAUAUCGACCCAGUGUACGGAAGGAUUUCCACCAUCGCCAUCCUUGAUCGAGAGUCUCCCUUUAUCAAGAACAAUCUCUACAAUGUUACUGUCACAGCCUCUGAUAAUGGCAUUCCUCCUGCCACUGGUACAGGAACCCUUCAGAUUCACCUGCUGGACAUAAAUGACAACGCGCCUAAUGUGUUCCCUCCUGAAGUGGAAAUGUGUGAGAAACCAGAUCCAAACUCCUUAAACAUCACAGCCAAUGACCCCGACCUGACUCCCAAUGCUGGACCCUUUGUGUUUGAGCUGGCAAGUCGUCCUUCAGAUGUACGUCGCAACUGGACCCUCAGUCGCCUGAAUGGCGAGUCCGCCCAGCUUCACCUGCGGAUCGGUUUUCUUGCCAGUGGCAUCUAUGAGCUCCCCAUUGUGAUCACAGACUCUGGCAACCUGCCCAUGUCUAACACAUCCUUCCUGAGGGUUAAGGUCUGUCCCUGUGAUCGCCAUGGAGACUGUGUGGACAUGGAGAAAAUGAUUGCUGCUGGAUUGGGCACUGGAGCUAUUAUCUCCAUCCUCAUCUGUAUCAUCAUACUAUUAGUGCUGGUACUCCUCUUUGUGAUGUGGAUGAAGAGGAGGGAUAAAGAGCGUCAGGCCAAGCAACUUCUGAUCGACCCAGAGGACGAUGUCCGAGACAACAUCCUCAAAUAUGAUGAGGAGGGAGGUGGAGAAGAGGAUCAGGACUAUGACCUGAGCCAACUGCAACAACCUGAUGCCCUGGAGCCAGAGUGUGUAAAAGUGGGGAUCAGACGUCUGGACGAGAGGCCCCUCCGCCAUGACCACCAGUACCCCCUCCGCUCUGCAGCCCCUCAACCAGGAGAUAUAGGAGAUUUCAUCCAUGAGGGCCUGAAGGCUGCAGACCAUGACCCCACAGCUCCCCCUUACGACUCUUUGCUGGUGUUUGACUAUGAGGGGAGCAGUUCCACUGCCGGCUCCCUCAGCUCCCUGCACUCUUCGUCAAGCUGUGGAGACCAGGAUUACGAUUACCUUGGCGACUGGGGGCCACGUUUCCGCAAGCUGGCCGACCUGUACAGUGGAGGAGAUGACUAGCGUCAUCGGCCCUCCACUAAUGGAUCCAACCCUACUGUCCUUGCUGCAAGGUUUAGGUGGUGGGUGGGUUAAAACAGAAAAUAUUGGAUUACAUUUGGGUUUUGGCUCAACACUUCUGUAUUUCAAUGGACCAGCUUGUUUACGGGAUCUGCUGCCUCUUGAGGGCCAUCGAUAAUAGCAGGGGACGAUGGUGACUCUUGGCCUAGCGAGGCCUUCCACUGAUGAGCAUCAAUGGGCUGGAUCUGAGAAUUAACUGUUGUGCUUCUGAAUGUGUGAAGACUGAGCUCCGGCAGCCAUACUACAGAUGCUCGCUGACACUUGAGUCUUACAGUACAGCAACACUGGGGUAAAAAUGUGCCUUUUUGUGCAUUCUUUUGAUUGUGUUCAACUUAUGUUGAUUUAAAGUUCCUUAGGGUUUUGCAAUAGCAACUACAGGGGCAUAUGCCAUUAUGAAUGUGUGUGUAUUAAUAACCCCCUUCAUUGUUUG